AUGAGUGAACAUCGGGAUAUGAGCUGCGAAAUUAACGGUGAUGAUCUAUAUGAAAAUACGCAUGACAAUGAUGUGUCGUAUGACAAUUCGGUCCAAAACAACGAGCUGACGGCAAGUGCGAUCGGCGGCGGAGAGAACACGGUCGAUGCCAGCAAACCACAUGACCAGAAGGAAGGAGUGAAGAUGAAGAACGAUUUACAAGAUACUGGGACAGCUGUAAGGUCAGACGUGUUCAUGGAGAUUGCAGAAAUCUCCAAGUACAAAUUCGAGCGUGCGAAGGCUCGGCAAUGGGCAACGAGAGACAUCUGCUUCUUGGUCUACGAUGACUCAGACGUCAAAAUCGAUGGGUUUGACAGUGACGACGAAGAAGCGCAGCAGGAAUACGCCCUAAGGAUGAGUUUAGGAGACGGUGAUAUACCGGCAUCAGAAGGAGACAAACCCCAACGCUCGGAAUACUCCGAUGACUCGUGGAAAGCUAAAUGCCGUGUUUGUGCAUGGUAUCCCGAAUUUCCUCAUAAAUGGAAGCCUCGAAAAUUCCGUCUGGUCAACCCAACGGUGGAUCAUCCAGCGUGGUUUGAUAAGGGCGCUGAUGGAAACAUUGCAUCAAUCGAUAUAUGCAUGCAUUAUGUCGCUGUGUCAUACUGUUGGCCGCCAAGAGACGAGAAACCAAUUCCAAGAAGCUACACCGUUCGGGACCUCGACGGGCGUCUCCGCACCAGUCGCGCCCUUGAUGAUGUUCUAGAUCGUGCUGUGGAUUUUGCCAAUUCAUGUGGCCUUCGAAUGAUCUGGAUCGAUCAAGAGUGCCUCCCUCAGCCGACUGAGAUCAGCACAAAGGAAGAUUGGGCGAUGCAAGAACUUGGCAUACAGUCUAUGGACAUUGUGUACAAUAGAGCCAUGUACACAGCGGGUUUGCUCAACGUUGAGAUCACAUCACAGGAGCAGCUCGAUGCAAUCGAUACUCUACUACGCUCUGAUUGGGAAACGACACAAAAAAACAUGAACCCCCGGUACUGCGAACAUAUCCUCCGUCUCCUCCACGAAACCUGCCAAGAUAGAUGGUACACCCGGGCAUGGGUCAUCCAAGAGGCUAUAUGUGCAGGAUUGAAGCUGGUACUUGCAUUUCGAUGCAAUUCUGGGCUAAGCGUCUCUUCGAAGUUCCGGUAUGGAUACAAAUGCGAAGUGGAAGAUCGUCCCUACCAUUCACUCGACGACCACGCGCGUGGACUUGAUUCGACGCUUUCAUGCAUUUCAGUGAGCGAGUUUUGGCGAAUGCUCGAUGUCAUGCAAGAAAUUUUGCUCCGUGACUUCUCCAUCAUGGGAUCAAUGCUUGUGCGUUCUGACUAUGCGCCAGCAGAUCUAUGGCCAGGCGCUCGAUCGGUGCUCCAGGCAGCGGAAUCUCUUCAUCCAAGAACGGUGAAAGCAAAUACACUUCAACAAGCCAUGAUGACCUAUAGUGAGGGCCAGUAUGGCAAACGGCCAACAAUCAAUGCUGCGGGGGCUCUCACUCUAUUGAAGCACCGUCAAUGCUACUUUGAGUCCGACAGACUCGCUAUAAUAGCGAACAUGUGCGACUACGAUUUCCGACUCGACACAAAAGCUAUUGACGACAAUUUUCGCUCACUACGCCUUGCAAUAUUGGCAUUAGCGUUGAAUAAUGGCGACUUAUCUCUGCUUGCACCAGAGGCAUAUCCACCACCGGAUCAAAUAUACUCUGAUGACGCCUACGCUGGACAUGCGUCAAGCUCACUCUUAUUCCAGAAUUUUUUCCUGGAAGCUCCUUGGAUUGAACACUGUCAAGUACGAGACUUUGUUAAUACCAGGAUCCAGACGGUCCAGCCUGGCAGCGUUACCCCCGAUGGGGUGCUUCUGAAUGCAUAUUUAUGGUCGGUCGACCGUGAAAUCGACUUCACGCUCGUCCAAUCGACCUGGGCUGAUGCCUGGGAGUCGCUGAGGUGUUGGAGAUUGGUCAUAGACCGUCAAAAAAGUGAGACAUUGGAACAAUACCAUGCUCGAAAUGCUACAAUAACCCAGUGGUUCUCGCGACCAGGUGUCUCUCAACGAGCAUUGAAAGAUUUCCGACAGUUUGGUCAUAUCCCAGAUAAUUCAGCUGUUUGGGAAAGUGUCGAUCAUCGCGGAGUACAAGUGAUGCGAUACAUUGACUGCUAUCGCGUCAAGCAAGUUCCAGAGAUGCAAAACCUUAUUGCACGAAUCAUUUUCGAUAUACUCCGAUAUACUCUAACCAUAACUGAGGAAGGCGCUCUAGCGAGGGGUCUGGCCAAUAGCAUUUGGCAAUCUAUCCGAAUCGAUCAAGUCCCAGGCUCGGAGGACCCACUGCCCGAUGAGGUUGGCGAUGCUCUUUUCAGUCACGUUGAUGUUUUGACACGGCCAUUUGCCACUUUGCAGCUCGAAGAGACACUCGACAAAACUUUCGCGCAGUUAUGGUUUGUUGAUCGGAUCAUGAAAACGGGAAAGCUUUGGUGUGGGACAUACAUGCCACCAGGCGGAGAAGACGGCAUUGCCUCGCAUAUCGACUCGAGCUCUCAAUUCACUGCUGAAAUGGAGUCGGGAGUAGGGAGGGUGUUUGGAAAAUCACCAACAGACACGCAUGUCUCAAUUAUAGAUAAGCAGAUUAGGCGGCAGAUGUUCACCAUGAUGCUUCAAGGCACUAGUGCAGUGAAAAAACAACCUCUACAUUGGCGAUGGCCAUUGGUAGUGCUUACCGAGGUGGUAGCAAACAGAGACUACUGGUCCCGCCGUGGAGAAAGACGACGCAAGGAAACUCUGCUAUCUACCUUCGAUGUCGAUGGGCCAUGUCAGGUAGCCACACCUUACAAUCCUGAAUGGGAGAUACUCCCGCGUCCAACACUUCGUAGUAUGAGAGUCUGCUGGGUCGUGGAAGAAAAGAAUACUAUCGACGAAGUAACGAUCGCGACUUCCGAGAAAGAAAAUAUAUCAUCGAAUCCGCUAUUGGACACAGCAAACUCUGAUCGCCCAGGUUUAGCGGAAGGAAAAGGAAAAGAGAGAGCAUCCGAUCGUGUGCGAGAAGUUGAAGCUCCCCAGAGUCCUGGUUCACCCGAUACCAAUGAACGCUUCGGUAAUCAAGGUCUCAAUUUGCAAGUACUCCGGAAAGUGAAGGGGUUGUGGCAGAUCAUGGAUCUUCCUCGCCAGGACUACGUUUUCAGUUAG